CUGCUGGCCACCCGCCUCUGGCAGCACCGCCGUGCUUGCCCCGGCGGCGCCGGUACCGGUGGGUGCCGCGCAGCUUGGGUGGGCAGCAAUCCGCUGAUUUCCCUCUCUGGAAGAGGGGUGGCAAUAGCCCUCUGUAGGACAGGACCCAGACGGGCUCAUCUGUUGCUGUGGAGGCAGAGGACAGGGCUUCUCUAUCGCAGCAGAAAGACAGCAAGUAGCUGAAGCCUUGCUGCAGAGGUAGCUUAAAGAUGGAUGCUCCCAAAGAAGUUCAGCCUACAGGGGAGUUCAAGUGUCAGCUGUGUGGCUUAACAGCUCCAUAUAUGUACUAUGGGCAGAAGCCACCAAACACACACUCUAUUGUGAUUUUGGAAGAAAGCUAUGUCAUGAAGGAUCCUUUCACCCCUGACAAGGACAAAUUCCUCAUCCUUGGGUCUCACUGCAGUUUGUGUAGCAGAUCAGUGUGUGUUAGUACAGAAUGUAGUCUGUUCUACUCCAAAAGGUUCUGUCUCCCCUGUGUGAAUGAAAACCUAAAGGCCUUUCCUUUGGAAAUACAGGAAGAUAUGAAUAAAAGGAAGCCCCAGCCAAAAUCCUUCCCCUGUCAAAAGAGGGAUACAAGAACAUAAAUACUGAAGGACUGAGAGGGAUGGCUCUUUGGCUGGGGUUUCUUCUCUCUCCUUUUGCACACUAUCAGGUUGCUCCUUUUAAAGACGUGACCUUCAUCAGCUCACCACUACAGGACACAGUAACACAUUUCCUUAUGUUUGGCUCGGCUUCAAACGUCAUCACGCAGCGAUUGCGGUGCCAGCAGGAUGGCCUGAAGUUGUUGGAAGAGCCAGAAGGGCCAGCAGACAAGCCUGUUGUCACCACAUAAAACCCAUGUAGUAAAAAACUAAACAGUAUAACAUAGGAGCAGUGCCCAGAUUUCACAUUUGUUAUUUUAAUGUUUAGUGUUGUUCUUGAUGCUCCUACAGUGCUAUGAAAAUCCAAGACAGAUUUUUCUGUCUUAAUUAAUACAUCCAAGAAAAUCAGUGUACAGCAAUUGUUAGCCUAACAGUGCUGUCCUGGUAGGAUUACAGUAGGCAAGGAGUUCAAAGCUUUACUU